GCAAGAAAUCCAAGUCCCUGGUUUUUCAGAACCUAAGCAGUUAAAUGUUAGAAAUUUUGCUGCAAAUAAAUUGAUCAGUAUGCAAGACAGUUGUCACGGCUGAAUCAUGGUCCACAGUUAAGGUAAACAGAUCUGUGAUGACAUUUUCUGAGCAGAAUACAAAUGCAGCUCAUUUCCUCCCAGAGGUCCCUAACAUUUCUUCUGCACGGAUAACAGAUUCUCCCAAGAAGGUGCUGGUCACAGGGAAGAGAGAUCUUUGUUUAAUCCCUUGGAAAAGAAAUGGCUUCUGACAUCCCUGGAUCGGUGACAUUGCCUGUGGCCCCCAUGGCGGCCACAGGACCCGUGAGGAUGGCCGGGGCCAUGCCCGCCCGUGGAGGAAAGCGGCGUUCUGGGAUGGACUUUGACGAUGAAGAUGGAGAAGGGCCCAGCAAAUUUUCAAGAGAGAACCACAGCGAGAUUGAGAGGCGGCGGCGGAACAAGAUGACGCAGUACAUCACGGAGCUGUCGGACAUGGUGCCCACGUGCAGCGCGCUGGCCCGCAAGCCGGACAAGCUCACCAUCCUCCGCAUGGCCGUGUCGCACAUGAAGUCCAUGAGGGGCACCGGCAACAAGUCCACGGACGGCGCCUACAAGCCCUCCUUCCUGACGGAGCAGGAACUGAAGCACCUCAUCCUGGAAGCAGCAGACGGCUUUCUGUUCGUGGUGGCGGCAGAGACCGGACGCGUGAUUUACGUGUCUGACUCCGUCACCCCUGUGCUGAACCAGCCCCAGUCAGAAUGGUUUGGGAGCACCCUGUACGAACAGGUGCAUCCUGACGACGUGGAGAAGCUCAGAGAGCAGCUGUGCACCUCAGAGAACUCCAUGACAGGCCGGAUCCUGGACCUGAAGACGGGGACGGUCAAGAAGGAGGGACAGCAGUCUUCCAUGAGGAUGUGCAUGGGCUCGCGGAGGUCUUUCAUCUGCAGGAUGAGGUGUGGAAACGCUCCUCUGGACCACCUCCCUCUGAGCAGAAUGACCACCAUGAGAAAAAGGUUCAGGAACGGCCUUGGUCCCGUGAAAGAAGGGGAGGCCCAGUACGCUGUGGUCCACUGCACGGGGUACAUCAAGGCGUGGCCCCCGGCAGGAAUGACUAUCCCCGAGGAGGACGCCGAGGUGGGGCAGGGCAGCAAGUACUGCCUCGUGGCCAUCGGAAGACUCCAGGUGACCAGCUCUCCCGUGUGCAUGGACAUGAGUGGGAUGUCAGUGCCCACGGAGUUCUUAUCCCGGCAUAACUCUGACGGGAUCAUCACGUUCGUGGACCCGAGAUGCAUCAGCGUGAUCGGCUACCAACCCCAGGAUCUUCUAGGGAAGGACAUUCUGGAAUUCUGCCACUCCGAGGACCAGAGCCACCUGCGGGAGAGCUUUCAGCAGGUGGUGAAGCUCAAGGGCCAGGUGCUGUCGGUCAUGUACCGGCUGCGCACCAAGACGCGCGAGUGGAUGCUGAUACGCACCAGCAGCUUCACGUUCCAGAACCCCUACUCCGACGAGAUGGAGUACGUCAUCUGCACCAACACCAACGUCAAGCAGCUCCAGCAGCAGCAAGCGGAGUUGGAAGUGCACCAGCGGGACGGGCUGUCGUCCUAUGACUUAUCGCAGGUUCCUGUCCCCAACCUGCCGGCUGGCGUUCAUGAAGCCGGGAAGUCCGUGGAGAAGGCGGAUGCCAUCUUCUCCCAGGAAAGGGACCCCCGGUUCGCUGAGAUGUUUGCGGGGAUCAGUGCAUCGGACAAGAAGAUGAUGAGCUCAGCGCCCGCAGCCGGGACGCAGCAGAUCUACUCCCAGGGCAGCCCGUUCCCCCCGGGGCACUCCGGGAAGGCCUUCAGCUCUUCCGUGGUCCACGUGCCCGGCGUGAAUGACAUCCAGUCCUCCUCGUCGACCGGCCAGAACAUGUCCCAGAUCUCCCGCCAACUGAACCAGAGUCAGGUGGCCUGGACAGGGAGCCGGCCGCCCUUUCCCGGACAGCAAAUCCCUUCCCAGUCCGGCAAGACUCAGUCAUCUCCCUUUGGGAUUGGCACAAGCCACACCUACCCGGCGGACCCGUCCUCCUACAGCCCCCUCUCCAGCCCAGCUACCUCCUCGCCCAGUGGGAACGCCUACUCCAGUCUCGCCAACCGGACGCCAGGGUUUGCCGAGAGUGGACAGAGUAGCGGGCAGUUCCAAGGGCGGCCGUCGGAAGUCUGGUCGCAGUGGCAAAGCCAGCACCACGGUCAGCAGAGCGGUGAGCAGCACCCCCACCAGCAGCCCAGUCAGACCGAAGUGUUCCAGGACAUGCUACCCAUGCCCGGAGAUCCGACCCAGGGGACCGGCAACUAUAACAUCGAAGACUUCGCGGACCUGGGCAUGUUCCCGCCGUUUUCUGAGUAGCGGCAGGCAGAGCGCGGCCAGCGCUGGGCCGAGCCCCGUGCGCGAUGCCGGCGCCCCCCAUGUUGGCGGGGUCCCCCCACACCCUGCUUGCACCGCUGCAGGACCCCCCAGCAGAAGGCAUCUCACCCCCCUGCCACCCCUGGCACAGCAUUGCUCAGGCCACAGCCAGGGAUGCCCAGCCACCCACCGGGAGCCCUGGUAGACAUGCGGGGGCCGUUGUAUUUAUUGUACUUUCUCUGUGUAUGUUUGGGAGGUGAGUCUGCUGGGCUCUUGAGGUCUGGUUGUGAAUAAUGUCGUAGUCGACUGUGUUCACCUGGAAGACGUCCAGUCACAAUCCCGAGUGCCCAGGCCUGCCCAGGACACGGGAAUCGGGUUUUUUUCUUGCCUUCGACAUCUGUGGACAGAUGGGGCUUGGGCGCUGGAAAGGGGGUGAGCAGGACGCGUGGCCUUUGUUCUC